GGGAUGCAGGUUGGGGGUCACGUUGAUGUGUUUCCUGGUACCAUUCCUAUUCCCAUUCCCAGUAUUCCCACUGUUCCUGCUGGUGCUGGAGCUGUACUAACAGCACAGCCCCCUGACUUUGGUCUGAAAGUGGAGUUGGGGAUCACAGUGGGAUGACCCUGCCCUGCAGCUGCAAGAAUUGACUUUGUAGGGAGCUCACAGCGAGGUGACCCCAUCUUCUGCUUCCGUUCCUGGAUGGGCCCACUUGUGCUGGAACUGUACUGGCAACAUGCUCCCCGCACCUGCAAGAACUUUGCUGAGCUGAGCCGCCGUGGGUACUACAAUGGCACCAAGUUCCACCGCAUCAUCAAGGACUUCAUGGUGCAGGGAGGAGACCCCACGGGUACUGGCCGUGGUGGUGCCUCCAUCUACGGGAAACAGUUCGAGGAUGAGCUGCACCCUGACCUGAAGUUCACUGGUGCCGGGAUCCUGGCAAUGGCCAAUGCAGGGCCAGACACCAAUGGAAGCCAGUUUUUCCUGACACUGGGCCCAGCGCAGUGGUUGGAUGGGAAGCACAGCAUUUUCGGGAGAGUGUGCCAAGGCAUGGGGGUGCUGGGGCGCCUAGCCAUGGUGGAGACCAACUCCCAGGACCGACCCCUCGACGAUGUCAAGGUCAUCAAGGCAUAUCCCUCGGGGUAGGGGUGUGGGGUGCCCUCCCUCCAAAUUGUACUGCUCAUUUGUAAUAAAAGAGGUUGGAUGUGGUGGC